AUCAGCAGGGGGCGGUAAUGGUCACCUGGAGGUUUUAACCAACCAGCAAUAAACCACAGAAGAAGAAGUUUAAGUUUUUGUUCCUCAACUUGCCUCCAAGCAGCAGAAGCUCCCGAAGCUGUGAAGUCCAGCUGCAGAUUUGAAGCCUGGUUCCGACCCAAGAGCUUUGGAGCAGAGCGGUUCUGCGGUCCAGGAGUCCAGAACCCCCAGAGGAUCCUCCGAGGAGAAGCCCCUACCUCCUUGUUUCCUCGCUGCUUCCUCACAUUCCUUCCCUUCGGCCUGAAGGAGGAGACGAUCGCUGCUGCCUGAAGCCGCCUCACGGACACCUGGGCCGCUCAGAACCUCCUCCGGACCGGGAGAAGAGCUCCGCAGGGUUCCCUUCAGAACGUCUCUACCAGAGCUUCAGCUGAAGAAUCAGAACAUCUGAAGACCAGAGAGGUUCUGUAGUUCAUCAGGCAGGAGCAGAAUGAUGGAGAACAACAUGAUGAAGAUUAAAGAGGAGAACAACAUGAUGAAGAUUGUGGUGAAGGAGGAGUAUGAGGAGGUUAAAGUUGAGGAACACCAGGAAGCGGACCUCCACCCUCUGAUCACCACCAACCGGACCGACCCAGCCUCCUCCUCUGGUCCCAGUGAUCUACAGUUCACAGGAACCAAAAUUCAGAAGAGGUUCAGCGCUCAGGAGGCAUUGGAACUGAUUGUCAGCAGUGCCAGCCCUUGUGAUUCAGAUGGAGAAGAUAUAGACCUUCAACCGGAUUCAGACUCUGAGCUGUCUUCAGAUGAGGAGACUCUCCCUCCACCAAAAAAGAGAGCUGGUUUGGGGAGUGAGGCGUCAGAGACGGCCAAAGAUGGCACAGUGUGGCGUGAAGAACAAGUGGGGACACGUCUCCAUUUCACUCCAAUAGAAGCGUACGCCACAGACGGAGAGCCAAGCGCUGAGGCCAGACGGAGUAUCCGCAGUCGCCUUCAGAGCUUCCUCUGUUUUAUCUCUCUGGACAUGCUUGGUAGCAUUGGACAAUGGACUACUCAACAUGCACGUCACACCGAGCAGCCGGAUUGGUUCAUGGAUCUCCAGGAACUAAUGGCGUUUAUUUCAGUGGUUAUCCUGCGGGGGGUGACCAAGGUUCCAUCACUGUGUGACAGCUGGUCAGCAAACCUGGGAAACCCAAGGAUCAUUGAAACUAUGGCCAGAAACCGCUUCCAAGACAUCAUGCGACACCUACGCUUUGAUGACAUGUUUACACGCAGUGAGCGAGCGCAGACCGAUAAGUUUGCUGCAAUCUCCCAUGUUUGGGGGUCGUUUGUCACCAACUGCAUCGCAUCCUACAACCCUGGUCGACACAUCACUGUUGGUGAACAACUUUUCCCAUCAAAGACUCGCUGCUGCUUCCUGCAGUACAUUGCAACAAAACCGGACAAGUUUGGCAUCAAGUUCUGGGUGGCUUGCGACUUGAAAUCAAAGUACAUCUGUAAUGUCUUGCCAUAUCUGGGCAAGGACCCCAGUGGUCCCGGGGGGGAGAGACUGUCUGAGACUGUAGUGAUGAGGCUGAUGGAACCGUUCAUGGACAAGGGCAGAACUGUAACCACGGGCAACUUCUUUACAUCACUGUCACUUGCACAACGACUGCUUAGCCAGAAAACCACUAUCCUCGGCACAGUCGACAAGAGACGACGGGAAAUUCCUCAAUCCGCCAGACGGAUGGAGGGCCCUGAAUUCACCACUCAGGUGUUUUCAACCACUGGUGCCACGCUGACGGUGUAUGCGGCCAAACGGAAGAAGGCCGUUUACGUUCUCAGCAGCAUGCACAGCGUGGUAGAGACUGAGGAUGGCACCAAGAGGAAGCCAAACACGGUCACACAGUACAACAGAACAAAGGGGGGGGUGGAUGUGAUGGAGCAAACGGUGCGGGAGUACAGCGUGCGUGCAGGAACACGGAGAUGGCCAGUUGCCGUGUUCUACAACAUGAUUGACAUGGCAGCACUGAAUGCACAUGUGCUUUAUCAGGCAUGCGUUGGGGUGCAGGAGAGACGGCUGGACUUCCUGGUUGAGCUCGCCAAAGAGUUGGCUAACUCUCAUGUGAGUGAGAAGAAGGCACAGAAGGAGAAACUGCUUCGGCAACAACCUUCCACACCCAGCUCAGGCAAACGGGCAAAGUGUCAGGUCAACCAUCGCUGCAGGAACAACUGUGCAACUGUGAGAUGCGUUGACUGCUACAGAUACACAUGUGGUAAAUGCACCAGGCUCACACCCUGGCAGUGCCAGGUAUGUUCAGACAGAGCAGACAGACUGCUGAGUGAGGGCUGAAACGCCACUCACACACACGCAGCCCCCCACUGGGCCUAGUCUAAAUAUGGGUGGGAUUGGUUUAUUUCCUGUAUCGUUUUUAAUGACAAAAAUAAAAAGCAU